AUGAAAUUGAGCCCCUUGCUCCUUCUCGGAGCUGGUAUUACCAGUGCUGCCGUGAGUCCUGAUCGGCGCGCCUUACCAAAUGCCCCCAAUGAAUACGCACCUGCAAACGUCUCUUGCCCUGUGGUAAAGCCUCGAGUCCGCACCGCAUCUAAACUGUCCCCGAAUGAAACCGAAUGGCUCGAAUCGCGUCGGAAAGAGAUUGUGUCACCACUGAAAGAUCUGCUCGGCCGCUUGAACCUGACCAACUUCGAUGCCCCGGCCUAUAUCGACCGAGUGUCUAAGAACACGUCGAAUCUCCCCAACAUAGGGAUUGCCGUAUCUGGUGGUGGAUACCGCGCCAUGUUGAACGGCGCUGGAGCUCUCAAGGCUGGUGGUGGAUGGCUGGUAGGGUCUGUCUACAUCAACAACUUCACCACGAUAGGAGACCUACAAGCGAGCGAGAAGACCUGGGACCUGAGUAACAACAUUUUAGAAGGCCCGAACGUGAAGCAUCUCCAAUUGCUCAAUACGAUCGAUUACUGGACCAAUCUCGUGGAAGCAGUACACACCAAGAAAAAGGCGGGAUUUGAGACUUCUCUGACGGAUUAUUGGGGCCGAGCAUUGUCUUAUCAGUUCAUUAAUGCCAGCGACGGGGGGAUUGAUUAUACCUGGUCAUCGAUUGCUUCGAUGAGGAACUUCCAAGAAGGCCGCAUCCCUCUACCCUUCCUGGUUGCGGACGGACGAAACCCUGGUGAAUUAAUCAUCGGGGCUAAUUCCACCGUAUAUGAAGUCAACCCGUGGGAGUUUGGGACCUUCGAUCCUGCUAUUUACAGCUUCGCGCCAUUGGAAUAUCUCGGCUCUGAUUUUAAAGGUGGAAAUAUCCACGGGUCUUGCGUGCGAGGGCUUGAUAAUGCAGGUUAUAUCAUGGGUACCUCGUCAUCGCUCUUCAACCAAGGACUGUUGCGCCUCAACAAGACAAAGAUUCCCAAGAUUUUCAAGUCCGCCACGGAACAUAUUCUCACGGAUCUUGGAGAGGAUAACAAGGAUAUCGCCAACUAUCCAAACCCAUUCUACCAAAACAGCGCUACGACACCGGCCAUCGCCAAUCGAUCCCAUCUGAGCAUCGUGGACGGAGGCGAAGACGGCCAGAACAUUCCACUGCAUCCCUUGAUCCAACCUGAGCGCCAUGUGGACGUGAUCUUCGCCGUGGAUUCCACAUCCAACAUCCACAGCUGGCCGUCCGGCAAGUCCUUAGUGCGCACAUAUGAACGAUCUCUCAACUCGACUGGCGUCGGCAACGGGACUGUAUUCCCAGCAGUCCCGGACCCCAACACCUUCAUCAAUCUAGGCCUGAACAAACGACCUACGUUCUUCGGCUGCGAUAGCAAGAACAUGACCGGACCGGCGCAGUUGGUCGUCUACCUCCCUAAUGCCCCCUAUACGCACCUUUCAAACACCUCGACCUUCGACCUGUCAUACAGCGCCGAGGACCGCGAUGCGAUGAUCACGAACGGGUAUAACGUCGCCACUCGUGCCAAUGGUACAGAGGAUGCUAGCUGGUCGUCAUGUGUCGGCUGCGCUAUCUUGUCGCGUUCCGCCGAGCGAACGGGUACCACUCUGCCGGAUAUUUGCACCGAGUGCUUCAAGAGUUACUGUUGGAAUGGAACGAUCGAUAGUUCGGAGCCGACUUACGAGCCUGAGCUCAUGGUCAAGACGAGUUCGGGAUACAGGGACCAGCAGAGUUAUGUUGGUCUGAUCCUUUCCGCGGUUAUUUCAUUGGGGUUGAUGCUGUAG